UAUUGGCACCAGACAAGCAUCUCGUCGUCUUUGGACACCGUGCCCGUGGCGUGACGGAGCAUCCUAGUGCACGCGGAACCGUCGUAGGAACGAUAGGAACUGGCCAUUCGUACGCCAGCCUAGAAACAUUAAAUAUCACUCAAAAUUUACUGCGCCGACAUUUGUAUAUAAAACGGAUAAAUUGUGUACAAGAUCGUCGCGUGUUUUGUAUAUAAACUGUGUAUACAAUAUUUGUGUAUGUAACGCCGCUCACAGACUCGUAUCAAAUGUUUGUAAUAUAACCGAGAAACGGAGCCAUUGAGAAUUAAAUUGUUUGGACAAGGAUUUAGUUUUAACUGUGUGCGGAGUGUAAAUGUUUACGGGAUUCAACCAUGAAAGAGCAACAGUUGUCUGACGUAGGUGGUGCAGUAGCAACAAAUAACACUGCCGUCGACCAUCAGCAGCAGUUACAGCCAUCGUCAGUCGUACACCAGAGCAUCAACAUCCAGCAGCACCUUCAUCAUCUUCACCUGCACCAGCACAGCGUUAUUUUGGCGACUGACCAGCAACAGCAGCAGCAACAACAACUCGAAACUCAAUCUCAAUCGCAACAGCAGCAACAACAACAUGGUCCCUCAGAAACAACUUCAUCCACCACGUCCGACAUCGAUUCGAAACCCUCAACGACAGAAAAAAAGUCCGGGAUUCGACGGCAAGAGAAACCGCCUUAUUCCUACAUAGCCCUCAUAGUUAUGGCCAUCCAGCAUUCACCUACCAAAAGACUUACCCUGAGCGAAAUAUACGCGUUUCUUCAACAAAGGUUUCCCUUCUUUCGUGGUUCGUAUCAAGGUUGGAAGAAUUCAGUUCGGCAUAAUCUUUCUUUGAACGAAUGCUUUAUAAAGUUACCUAAAGGACUGGGAAGGCCCGGCAAAGGACAUUACUGGACAAUAGAUCCAUCGAGCGAGUUCAUGUUCGAGGAAGGAUCCUUCAGGAGACGUCCACGAGGUUUCCGAAGGAAGUGCCAAGCUAUGAAGCCCCAGUAUCAUCCGGCCUCGUUUUUCGGAAACAACAUGCCCGGGAUGAUAAAUCAAGUUAGCGGUUAUGACCAUCAAGCUUUAGUGCAAACUCAAGACUUCUCUACGUGUUCGUAUGGCGCACAAUCGGGUCAAGUGUCGACAGUGACUGGAUCUCACUUUCCCGCUUACGAUUAUGCGGGAGUUUAUCAACAGCAAUGUGAAAGAGACUGGAGCUCGCCGUCCAGUUUACUUCCACCCUAUCCUGACCCCUCUUCGGUGACAAAUUCUUAUCUAAAAGCGCCAAUCAGUCCACUACAAGACAAUCAAGACGCGCUCACGCCGUCACCGGUCCCAGAUUCAUACAGUUACCAAUACGCGGUUUCCUCGACACCCACAACAGAACAUUCUACUCGUGGAAGCAACCCGUCACUACAACAACAGCAACCUGUUCAAUGCGACAGGAAACCAUUUUUAAGUCCACCCCCUUCGAUUCCGACGUCUUUGCCAUCGCCCCCUGCAGCUAACACCCCUCAUUCUUUUUACGAACAACACGUAAAGUACAGUAUGUAACAGUUAAUAAAUAAGUGAUUGCUAAAACACCAAAGACUACAUUAAACAGGAAGUUAGUAGAUUAACUUUAUAAGUGUGCAAUUUUCAUCAGUAAAAUUGGUAAAAUCACAGCGGUGAGUACAGAUUGUAUAGUUUUAUAGGUAGGUAUACAAAUACAUGAAGCUACUAAUCCAGUCAAAUGAGGGAAAUGACUUAAGAAUACUUUAUAAUGGAGAAAACGAUUGAAACACGGACCAUUUUAUCGGAAAUUUCGUGAGGAACACGAAAUAUGUAAAUGAAAAUUAUUCGCCCAGCAUCGGGAGGGAGAAAAUCCGCAAAAACACUUGCAAAUUCGAUUAUCUCGCGAAAUAUGGAAAAAAAGUUUUAGUAAAAGUUUUUUACAAUGCCAUUUUUAUUCAUAUCUCUCAUGGAACAAAAGUUUUGCUCGCCCAAUGACAAAGAGGCCUCAAAAUACGCGGAAAUUUCCAAAAAAAUUCAAAAUGAUUAUUAAAAAUUUAAAAUUGAUAAUUUAAUCGAUU